ACAAUUGCUCUCAUUGAACAAACCCCUGUUUUACGGUCUCAUCCCCCCUCCGUCGAGCAUCCUUCGUUUCAGAGGACGGACGCCGGAAAUGGAUUAACUUUUUCGUCCCCUUUUUCUUUCUCUCGUUCCCUCGAUCCGAUUCCAAAUGGUCGAUGAUCGUCGUAAUCGCGGUCCUCGCCGGUCAUUCGACCCCACUAACCGUGACCUCUGUUUUCCUGUUCGUAGGCAGAGGCCUGCCACCCUACGACACCGGCGUCCUGAACAUCACCAGGACGAACACGGACCACGGGGCGAGUCGUUACGACGUGAAGCACGAAGACGGCCCUUUCUGGCACUCCACCAGGAUGUCCUAUCAUUGUCCCAGGUGUAACGCGGGCUACACUUACAAGAAGACCUUGAAGACCCACAUGAAGUACGACUGCGGCAAAGAGCCAAGAUUCAAGUGUCCUUAUUGCAACAAGAGGGACAAGUGCUCGUCGAACAUUUACAAGCACGUCAGGAUGCGGCACGAUGGGAUGCCCGUGAUCGUGCACAGAAAUUAGAAUCGUACCGUUCCUCCUCCUCCCAUUUUCGGGUAUUCCACGUCUUCUGCUUCGCAAUUCCUUCGGAUCUUCCGUUUCCGUAACGCUCGCCGUGAAAUAAUCGCGGGGCGAGGGCCGGUGCAGACGUCGAUCAUCCGUUUAGAACGAUUCGGCUAGUUUUUAUUCAAGCAACGAACCCUGCUUAAAUAAAAUUUCAGCCCCAAGUAUUCUAUUUCAAC